CAGUUACUCAGAGACAACGGUCAAACUCUUGCACAUUGAAGAGUUUAAAAGAAAAUCACAUAACUAUCUGAACAGGACUGAGCUGAAGACAAAGACCAGAGCAGACAGAGUUUUGACCUGUCUGGCCAUUCAUGCCAAAUUGGAGACCUAUUACUCAACGGAACAAGGGAAACCUUCCGGCGCUCCAUCAUCAUGAUAAGACAGGCGGCCGUGUUCCUGGUGGUGCUGUUACUUCCAGGCCUCAGUCACAGUUUCAAUCCAAAUUUUGGGUCAUCAGUCACUCAUCAAGACAUCACUGUGAGGGCGAUCCUCAGAAAGACUGCCGAGGUCUGCCGCGACAUUGCUGCUGGGGAUUUCACACUUACCAUUGAUAACAGCCUGUCAGUGAACGCCGUCCAAAGGGCUUGUUCCACUGAUCCAAGCUCCACUUCUCCUCUCUCUACUGACGACUUCCAAACUGCCAUUAAGACCAUUCACAGACGAAAUUCACUUGUGGAUUUCUUCUUCGCCUUCUCAGCAGCACAUCAUUUUGACAAUGAAGCCUUCCAGGAAGGUCGGAAUAUCAUCACAGCAGAUUUGGAAAAUGUGAAGGCUAAUGUGCAAAAUGGAAACUUUGAAGUUGGAAGGGAGACUCUUGGAGAAAUAUGUCACACCCUUCAGGAUUUCUACAGUCACAGUAACUGGGUGGAGCUUGGAAAAACCACUCCUUAUAGCACACUCAUCAGACGUGACCAGCCUCUGGAAAACCUGGCUGGUAUGAAUGUUCCAACCUGCAGGAGCUGCAUAGGAAAUGAUUGUACAGACAACAUAUUGCCUGAAGUGAUAACACAACAGCUUGUAACGUCCGGUUACUUCGAACCUUUCUCUAAUGAUAAACCUGCAGGUAAAUGCAGCCAUGGCGGGUCUUUUGAUAAAACAAGUGAUGAGGAUCCUGUGGGCGGUAUCAAUAAGGAUACACGAAACUCCAACCAUGGUUUCCUUCACCUGGAAGCAGCAGAUCUGGCACUUGAUGCCACAUUGGAGUUACUGGAAGACAUCAGAGUAGCGGUUGGAGACAGGAACUUUCUGCGAUUCAUGGGUCUGUCCCAGUCCUCUGCACUGUGUUUUGUGAUUGACACCACCGGCAGUAUGAGCGAUGACAUCGCUGCAGUCAGGGACGUUACUUUUCGGAUUAUUGACAGCAGGACAGGAACACCAGAGGAGCCUUCUCUAUACAUUCUGGUACCUUUCAAUGACCCAGGUUUUGGACCUUUGUUGAGGACAACAGACCCAGAUGACUUCAAAGCCAGUAUCAAUAGACUCACUGCAACGGGAGGAGGAGACAACCCAGAACUAAGUCUGUCUGGACUACGACUUGCUCUAACUGCUGCUCCACUGGCAUCCGACAUUUUCCUCUUCACUGAUGCUCCUGCAAAAGACAUAAGUCUGAGAAACACCGUCACAGCACUAAUAGAGAGUACAAAGUCUGUGGUAACUUUCAUGUUGACAGAUGUGUUUCCUGCUCGGCGUCGCCGCCGCCGCCAAAGUGAUGGUCAAAAUCCAUUGACACGUAGCUUGACCCAGGCACAGACUGAGCUAUACCGGGACUUAGCCCGGGCCUCUGGGGGUCAGACCAUCGAGGUCAGCAAGUUAGAUCUUACUCAGGCCACUGCUGUUAUAGAAGACCUAUCAGCCAACGCUGUGGUGACUGUUUUCCAAGCAACAGUUGAUCCAGGACGUUCUGAAAAUUUCCCUUUUGCUAUUGAUGCAUCGAUCAGAAACAUUAUCAUUUACAUAACAGGAGUGCAGGCAUCUCUCACCUUCGGACUCACCAGUUCAACAGGAGUAACACAGAAUUCAUCUGAACCCAGUGGUCCUUUGGCAACUUUCUCCACUGUGGGAAACCUUCGCCGCAUAAGCCUGAACAGCACUAAUGACACCGGAUUGUGGGAAAUCAAUGUUACCUCUAGUAGUCCAUACAUUGUUAAGGUCACAGGUCAAAGUUCAGUGAAUUUUGUCUAUGACGUUGUGGAAGAACGAGAGGGAGCCCACGGUGGUCUGAACUUUUUGGAUGGACGUCCUCCUACUGGAAAAAAUGUGACUCUCCUGGUCACUUUGACGGGAAGUGACUCAGCAACAGUCACAAAUGUGACUCUCUUUGACAGCUCAAGUAUGUCAGAGAUCAAUGGGUCGGUACAGUCAUUGGGAAGCAACGACUACCUGGUAAGAUUCAGAGAAGUCCCUGCAGGAGAAUUUGUGGUUCGCCUCAUAGGUGAGGACGGCAGCUCCACCUCCAGGACCACAUCUGACAGAUUCCAGAGACAAGCCUCCACUCAGCUUAAGACUUCCAGCCUUUCUAUUACUGCUCAAGCUAACAGCAGCAACAUCGAGCCAGGUUCCUCUCUCUCCUUCCCUUUCACUGUGUCCUCCAGUGAAAGCGGGACAUUCUCAUUGCAAGUCAGCAAUGACCGCAGCUAUGACACCACUGCACCCAACAGUGUCACCAUUGCAUCAGGCAGUGGAGGUGAGGCCAACGGCACGGUGACCUUAACCGUGCCGGCCAGCGCCGAAUCAGGGACCGACGUGACCGUCACCAUCGAGGCCGAAAAUGCAGCUGCCACCGACAUCAACUUUGCUGUGCUCAGGUUUUCAGUGGUAACCCGGGCCACAGAUAUAUCCAGUCCUGUGUGCCAAAUAGUCAAUACAACUGGUAUCUGCCCUGCUGCUUCCUCUCUCUGCGCCACCACCCAGUGGGAGUUCAUCGCUAAUCUCACUGAUGGCAUCAACGGCACUGGUAUUGUGACCGUGUCCCUCCGCCAAGGGAAUGGUACUCUGAAUACCAGCAUGGAGGUGGGACCUGGGGGCGAGAACGUCACAGUGAUUACAUACAGCUCUUCAUGCUGCUCACAGAGUGUGGAAGUGGCAGCUGUGGACGGGGUGGGGAAUGUGGGGCGAUGUGUGGGACAGGCGAGGGUGAUGACUACACCUGCCCCCAACACUACAACAACUACAUCAACAACUACACCCAAUAUGACCACUGUACCCACUACACCAGCUGUAACCACAACUCCAGCUGUAACCGACUCCACUGGAGGGCGCAAGCUCAAUAUAUACAGUCUUUUGGUCAGUAUUAUGGUUUCCCUCGUUUGGAAACACAAAUGAAUUCGGACAUCACCUCCAUCCUUUCAUCAGUUAUAAUACGGGAGUGGAAUAUAUAUUAAGUUUCUCGGAUGACUGCUUCAUGAUCAUUUAAAAAUACCUUAAUUUUGGAGGGAAAAUCAUUAAACACUUGAUGGAUUUACUGUAUAGCCAAUAUUUCCCACAACAGUGUAACUACUGAGAGUUUUCUGCUUUGCUUUUAUAUAUAUAUUUAAAAAAAGAACUUCUUUUAAAAAGAUUCUUUAUGAAAAACUGGAAGAAACAAAUACAUUACAGUGAGGGCAGCACGUAGUUAUGUCCAGAUGACUUGUAAUUGUGUGUUAACUUGCUCUGUGAACUUGCAAAAUGGUUGCAUGCUUUUGUUGAAAACAUGCACUGUAAAAAGAAUAGCCUAAAUGAAAUAAAAACAUUGCUUCAAUAACAAAUAAAGUUUGGUCUGUUUCAAGAUAAAAAAACAAAUUAUGACACUAAAAAUGUAAUGAAUAGAAUAACAGGGCUCUGUUUUAGUAGACCAGGCACGUCUGCUCUGCCCCUGCUCACGCCCUGUGAACAGGGUGUGUCCAGAACAUUUUUGCAAUUUUUGUAAACAGCGCAGUCUGGCGCAGAGCGGCGCAUCCACGCCUCUGUCCCUCCCACCGGCGCAAGUGGCAAAGAGGGAGGAGAGAAGGCGCGACAGGGUUUAACACAGCCAACUGUAAUCGUGAUCAAUCAAAUGAACAGCUCUCAUCGCCUUUAAAAGCACCGCAGGCAGACGCGCUAUGCAAUUUCCCCUCGACAUCACCAUGGACUAAGACAGCAGCUGCAGGAGGUCAAAACUUCUCCCAGGAGGAAACUGUAGUAACCUAUAUUUAAACCUAGCAUAAAAAGAUGAGUGGUGUGGACAGAUCACAACAUGAGUAAACUGUGUAAUGGCAAUGAAAUCAGAAACACUUGUGCUGAAAUGCAUUUUCACUGUUUGCUUGUGAAAUUAACUAGUUUCACCUGAUUGAAUCAUGAUCAUGUUGGCAUGUAAAUCCUGAUGACACAAAACCCUGGCAGGUGGCCCUUGAGUGACCAGACCAGCAGAGGAUGGCUCUCCUCAGGCUCCCACCUCAAAACCAGCAUUCCAAGUGCAUGAGGAGGAAGAGGAGGAAGGAAAAUGUUUAAAUUAAAUGUACCUGUUUCAUGGGUGAUUUUGUGUAUCUUUAAUGGGACUGAAUAAAUUGUAGCCAAAACAUGUAUAAACAGGAGGCAAAUACUCGCAUUUAAGGACAGAGCUGUACAGCCCGGUGCUGUGUUCUCUCCCUGUGCGCUCUGUUGCAUUACCUGCUGACAUGCAGUUCAGCCUCUCCCCGUCCAUCAUAUCGUCUUCCAUGAUGUCAAAGUGGCAUCCACGGUGUAAGACUAUAUUGUGUAGCAAAAAAACAUACAACAAACAAUACACUAACACUCUGAAAACCUGCUUGUGAGGUUUUGGUGUGGUGUGCGCACUGUGCCUGUCAGACAAAUUAGACUGGGUGUGCUCCGCCUGCACAGAGAAUAGUUGUGGUUCCAGUUAUCAAGCUAUCAGUGUACCUUUCGUUUUGGCACAAAACUGUCACUGAGCAAAGCUGAAUCUGUCGACACCUUCCCCUGGUGCGCGGCCCCACCCAUCUUAUACAGGCUAUCUGUGUUUCCACACUGGAAAUAUGAAAAAUCGCAGUGUUUUCUUCCUGGAACGGUCAUGUGAACGACUGUUUAACAUCACACGUUCGAAUCAUGUUUCUAAGUAGUUAGAAGAGGAAAAAAAGUGCAAAACUGGACAAUUUCAAAGCAAAUUAGAGAGGUCUUUCUAAGAAAAAUCCCUGUUUUCAUGUAGUGUAUACUUCUGCAGAAGACAAAUAACAGAUUAUACCAUUACCAGCCAUUACUAUUGUUGCUUAUCGUUUUUAUUGUUUCAUUGUAUUUUUAUUGUUUUAUUGCUUGCACAUUCAUCUUUUAGGUUUUGAUGGCUACCGGACUGUGUAGCAGCGGUUCAAAGUACCUGAAUUCAUCUGAGCUGAGUUUAAUCUCCAGCAAUGAUUAUCAGUGUCCCAGUUUCUCUGGAAUGACUUGACACACUGAACAUUUGUGGGAAAUGGGAGUGGUAUCUGGUGAAGGACGGUCAAAAAUAACACCACUAAAAAACAAUAAUGCCUGUAACUGUCUUUCAUUAAACUAUAAAAUAGAUAUGCUUUACUCAGUGUGGAUUUAUACACUUAAUUUGAAUUAAUUAGACAUUGUCCAAGAUACAAUUUACUAUUCUGACAAUAUAAGACAAUACAUGAUUGAUUAGUCAAGGUAAUAUUGAUUUUAUUUCUUAUUUCCUUCUGAAUUUAUUCAUUUAUUUUCUUGUCUAUUUAUUCAUAUGCAUAAUAGCUUACCCUCCCCUGGCAUUCAAUAUUUUUCUCUUCACUUCUCUUUACAAUAGAAAAUUGAGAAACACUGACAGAGUACAAAGUUUGCGAUAUAAGUCAUUGCUUUACGUGUUAUAUUGAUAAAAUAACUCCAAUCCUGUAGAGGUGCGUGUGUGUUGUUGUCAUUGGCAUCA